AUGUUCCUCUCACAAUUGCAACUGGAAUCGGUUGUGCUAAGGCGCUUGGAACUUUUGCGGGGCCUCCAGAAUGCGCCGAUGCUAGGGAUGUGUCACUGCCUAUGCAACACGUUGCAGGCUAACAACAGCGCAGCUCUCGUCGAAUGGAGCAGCACGGACGGAAGUGAUGAAGGACAACAGGAUCAUAUGCAGUUGGACUUCAACGAUGCCGCCCUGACGGCCCAGCUGGGUGAAUGGGAAGCAUGGCUGGCACCGAGCGGCGUCGUUUCAAAGGCGCAUUACUACGCGGCGAUGCAUGCUACUAUCCAGGAUAUUCUUAGCCGUGCCGCCCCGGGCGGCGCCGGAAGCGAGCCCGCCGUCCGCCGCGCCGCGCUGGAUGCGGCCUGGGAGGAGGACGGCGCAGGAAGCGGGAGCGGAAGCGAGGCCGGGAAGGACUACCUACCCGUCGAGCGGUUCAAGAACUCUCUUGCAACACUGGUCACGGCGUGUAGCAGCGACGGCGCGCCUCAAACAGCAGCAGCUUGCCUAGAGAGCUUGCUGGCGAAGAUUAAGGAGCAGCAGCCGCGUUGGAAUGGCCUGGUGGAAGGGUAUGCAAGCGAGGCCCAGGCGGCGGCAGCGACGGAGUCGGCGGUAGAAGCCGAAGCCGCCGGGAGCACUGCCGACGGCGCCCUGGACGGCAGCGGCGGUGGCGCUGCUGCUACUGCCGGAUAUGCCGCAAUUGAACCCAAAGACAACGAUGAUGAUGAUGACCUUGACGCACUGCUGGAGGGGGAGGAUGCCGGUGACUCCCGCCAGGACGUCGCGCCGGCCUCGGAUAAGUCGCCGGCGGCGGCGUUGACGAUGGCGGAAGACGUGAAAUCUGCAGUCGUAGCGGGCGAAGCGGCGGCAGCGGCUGCCGCAGACGACGAAGAUGAAACGAUCUCGCUGGGCCUCAGUCGCGCUGCGUCCCAUGCCUCCACGGCUGCGAGCGCAACGGGGGACCUGGCGGCGGCGGCGUCGGACGGCGAUGCCGCCAUGCCGUCAGGCGGCGGCGGUCGCCGGGCUGCCCGCGCCAUCUCUGUCAAGUCAGUGGAAGAUCCAGAGUUGCGCCGUACACUGAGCGAGACGUCAUCCGCCAAUCUGGACGAGCUGCCCCCCGAUGACCUGGACGAGCUGACGGAGCGCCAGGGCUCCCACGCAAAAGCAGACACGCGAAUGCCGCAAUCGCACGCGGCCUCCGCCGGCGGCGACGUGGUUGCCCUGGGGCACCUAGCAGACAUGGACUUGCGGUCAUGGGCGGCACUGAAGGACAAGCAACAGCAACAACAACCGCCGCUGGGGCCUCAGAGAACGCGGCCAGCGCCGGGGUCGGCGCUGGCGCCGCUGCUGGGUCGCACCGCUGACGUCGGCGGCAAGCCGGCGAUGGACCAGCAUCUUAAGAGCGCGAGGACGGCCGCGGCCGCAGCAGCAGCAACAGCAGCGAUGUCGACACCGCAGUCUCCCGCAGCCUCUCCGGGUGCAUUGGCCGCCCGGAGCUACGGAGAUAUGUUCAUCAUCGCUCCUUCAACCGCCAUCAUCAACGGCAGCCCUGUGCGGCUGUCCAUGGAACGGGACCGGGGCACCGGCAUCAGCCGUCACGGCAGCAACGACGCCUCCGCACGACCUCGAUCACUGUCCAAUGGGACCAACCUGUCACGCAAGGUAUCGAUCUCUGAGCCCGGACCGGGCGGGGGGACGCAGGCGGAGUGGAAGCACCUGCCCGCAUUGGGCCAGGCCUCCCGGCUACACCCCCAUGGGAUGCGCCAGCAUUCCAGAUCGUCCGGGGCGGGGCCGACACGGAGCCGUGGCGGAGAUAGGCAGGCGGUGGUGGAGGAUAAGUUGCCGGCGCUGCCGGCGCUAGCCGGGGCGCGCGGUCAGCCACCCAAGGCUAUGGAGUUCCUGCGGCGGCCCAGCAUGUUGCAGCGCCCCGACGGUCACCAUGCGGACAGCUGCGGGGGCGGCGGGGGCAGCCAGUCUUCGGGCAGUGCGCGCCUGCCGGGCCUGGGCCCGGCUUCCAAGCCGCAGGGCAAGCGAGCUUUGUGCGUUGAGGCGACUCGGAAGAAGAGUUUCCGCGGCGAUAACUACUUUUGACUACUAGUGGCUACUUCUUUUAACUUUGGUGAGGGAGGAAAUGGCGGCGGUAGAGGAGAUUGUGACGGCGAUGGCUGUGGUGAAGGGGGAAGCGGAGGUAGAUGUGGAAGGGGGGGGACGAAAAACGGGAACGGCGGUGUAGGUGCCUCGCAGCGGCGGCUGCCAGUGUGGAGGGGGUUUUGGGGUAAUGAAGGCGAGCAGCGAUAGUGCUCGUGUAAAGGAAGGGGCAGUGUGGAGAGCGCAGGUGGACUGCGGGGACUUGCCGUCCUGCAGUGGCUGUUUUUGGCAGGAGGAGGACGAGGAGGAGGAGGAUCGGGGGUUUUGUUACCGGGCGUUUAC